CUUGGCAUGCUCUUCUGGCACAAACACAACAUAGAGAAGUCUCUGGCCGACCUCCCGAACUUCACGCCGUUUCCUGACGAGUGGACGGUGGAGGACAAGGUUCUGUUCGAGCAGGCGUUCAGCUUCCACGGGAAAAGCUUCCACCGCAUCCAGCAGAUGCUACCUGACAAAUCCAUCUCCAGUCUGGUGAAGUAUUACUACUCGUGGAAGAAGACUCGGUCCAGGACGAGUCUGAUGGACCGACAGGCUCGUAAACUGGCCAACAGGAGCAACCAGGACGUCAGUGACGAGGAGAUGGAGGAAGUGAAUCCCAUCGAGGCCCACGACAGCGACUACGACCCCAACAAGGAAGCGAAGAAAGAGAACCAGGUGGAGCCGGUGGUGCCGGGCUCUAAGGUGGCUCUGGGUCGACGGGAGCACCAGACCCUGCAGCACCGACACCACCAGCGCUCUCGCUGUCGGCCUCCCAAAGGCAUGUACCUGACGCAGGAAGACGUGGUGGCCGUGUCCUGCAGCGCCUCCUCCGCCAACACCCUCCUCCGUCAGCUGGACAUGGAGCUGGUGUCCCUCAAGAGACAGGUGCAGAACGCAAAGCAGAUGAACAGUGGACUCAAACACAUGCUGGAGUCUGGGAUCGAAGAGUUCAGGCUUCCUGAGUGUAACCAGAAGGUGAACGCUCGCUGGACCACGGACGAGCAGCUCCUGGCUGUUCAAGGUGUCAGGAAAUAUGGAAAAGACUUCCAGGCCAUCGCAGACGUCAUAGGCAACAAGACGGUCGGCCAGGUGAAGAACUUCUUUGUGAACUACCGGCGGCGGUUCAACCUGGAGGAGGUGCUGCAGGAGUGGGAGGCCGAGCAGGGAACACGAGCUCCCAACGGAGACAGCGCCACCUCAGGAGAGGAGGGAAAGAACAGCUCCACCACUCCAUCAGGGAAGAGCACUGACGAAGAAGACGAAGAGGGUCAGGUGACCUCCUCGGGUGCGUCUCCUGCUGCCUCCUCGUCUUCAUCAGCUCAGACUCUGGUGACGUCCAGCACCUCCUCCUCUUCCCUCCACCAGCCCCCUCCCCUUCUGCGGCCCUCCCUACCAGCCACGCCUUCCCUGCACCGCCAGCCUCCGCCCCUCCAACAGCAGGCUCGCUUCCUGCAGCCCCGCCCCACACUGCAGCAGCCCCCGCCUCUCAUCCGCCCCUCAAACCCCCUCCCACCCCGCCUCAACCCCCGACCGCCUGCUCCCAUGACCCUCAGUGGGAACCCUGGGGCGUCAGGACCAAGCUCCACCCAGCAGGCCCCGGGCCUGGCCAUCCACCAAUCGGAGACGGCCUCGUCUUCCUCGCUCCACUAACGAAAAGAAAGAAAAUGUUCAGUUGGAAUGAAAGCUGCUGCAUUCAGGUCCUGUGGGAAAAUCUGAUGUUGAGGUUCUAACCCUUUCACUUCUGACCAACUUCUCCAGUGUUAACCCACAAGAACCCAAAAGUGAAACAUUUACACUAAAACAAAAUCUCGAUCACUGCGUGGGGGUUGGAGGUUUGUCUUUCCCACAGGACGUACAUGCAGCACCGGCUGACCGAUGGACCACCGGUUCUAAAAUCUUUGUGUUGUUUGGGAGGUUUGACUGAAAUUUAGUCUUAAAACAGAAAUUGAAACUUUUCGGUUAUCAGCUAAACCUCAACAAACAUGUGUGGCGUCCCACAGGGUUCCAUUCUGGGCCCCUUUCUUCUCCGUCAGUGUGUCGCCUUAAACUCCAACAAAAAUGGCACAGCAGUACCUGAAAAACAUUUUCAGUCAACAUCAGUGACCCUUUAAAUAAAAAAAGGACUAAAGGCCUUUGCACAUAAACACGACACAAAUAAAAAGCACAAAAUAAAGAAUGAUUUGAUUUUCGUCUAUUUAUAUUUAUUCUUAGCGAAUAAAUUACCAGUGUCAAAAAAACAAAAUCAUGAGAGAUGAAUGAAUUUUUCAGACCUGAUGGAGGAGGAAGUUCUUCUUCUUCUGCUUCUGAUUGGUUAGAUGUGUACAAGUCGCUAUCGAAACAUUGAAAAAAAAUUACCUUAGUCCAAAAAAACGAAAGCCUCAGUAUUGAGUAUUGACGCGAUACAGAUUUGGAAUAUAUAUGAAUAUAUUAUAAAUUAAUCUCACAAAGAAAACGUGUCCAGUGUGCAAAGGCCUGAAGAGUCCACAGACACUGCUAACACGUCUUCGUUAAACAUGCUAACAUUUGGUAACUAGCACAGAGAAGUGCUAGAACUUGAAUCAGUGUGAUUUCUCAAAGUAUCUAACUUAAGUUUGUUUCGUUAAACUUUACGUUGUAAAGCUUGUUUCAGGCUUCACGUCGUCUGUAAUGUGAGGAAGAAUUCUUUAAAGUCUAAUGAUCUCAUGAGCUGUCAUUUAGCGCCACCCUCAGGACAAACUUUACAUUUUUAUUUUCAUUCGUGGGAAGAUUGUAAGAAAACAUAAAUUGUUCACAUUGUGGCUGUAAUGAAAACCGCUGCAGCCUCUAGGGGGAGCUAGUUAGACCGUAACCUGGGAUUUUUGUGUUUUAAAGGAUCAAACCGUUGACGUUGUUUUUCUUAUUGUCAGUUAAUUUCACGUCCAGACCCAAACCAUCCUGUGGUCGUCAGUCCCUCCACCUUCUACCUCCUCUACUGUCUGUGACUCAUUCGCUCUCAGCAGUAACUGUAAAUACAGACGGUCAAUCGGUCAUCCACAGACACUAAAAAAGUGAAGCCAAAAUAACCCCAUAUACAAUCGCUGCCAUUUUGUGGUGAUGACGUCAUUUGCAGUCAGAGCCGUGGUAUCAAGGUCCCGCCCAUACGUGCUCUCGACCAGUCAGGAGUCAGUGUCAGCUGUCAUGACGUCUCCGCCUGUUUUUAUAUCAUCAAUAACUGAUCAAACCAAACUGAUCAGAAACACCUGAACAAACAUCAGAGAGAAGAACGAGCUGAAUUGACGUCUACUUUGAUUUUUUUAGUUUGGUCCAUGUCCCAUCUGCUAACAUGGAGGAGGAGGGGUUUUAGACCUAUACUGCAGCCAACCACCAGGGGGCAAUAUACACGCUUUGGCUUCACUUCUGGGAGUCGUCGUGUUGUGCAUCUUUAUUCACAGUCGUUUCCACCUGAAGCUUCUAUCAAACAGGAAAUGUUGCAUCUGUUGGGGACUGUUUCCUCGAUGGAUUCAUCUACAUGUGGUUCAGGGAUUUACUCGAGAAGAAGAAAACCACCAGACGUGUGCAGAUGUUAACCGUCUUCAGAGUUAAACCUGGUCCUCACUGUUUUAAUCGAUGUUCUGUUGUUGGGUUUAAUGUUCUUACAGUCGAUGUUUUAAUUUGAAAACUAAGAACUGCGGUCGUCACCAUCUCUGUUAUUUAUUCUUCUUCUUCCUGGUGCUCCCAGUCUGGAUGACGUCAUUGUGAAAGUGCUCUUAAUGCUUUUUGGACGAACAUGUAUCACAACAUUUAAUGUAACUGGAAUCAUUCGAGUCCUUUGAGUUUCAGUAGAAUCUGUAAAAUAUCGAUGUUAACGUGAAGCUGCUGAAGUCGUUCUCAUUAAAA